ACCACCAUUUCCCUUCCGCCUUCUAAUUCCAUACAAACUCAAGUAAUUUACAAACUCUUUCUCUUUUCUCUCAACAGUCAAUAUUUUAUAAGCUUUGAUAAAUUACCUAAAUAUGGCUGUUGAUUCGGUACUAUCAUCACCAUUGGGUCCUCCUGCAUGUGAGAAAGACGCAAAGGCACUUCAAUUCAUCGAAGAGAUGACUAGAAAUGCUGAUGCCGUCCAAGAAAGAGUCUUGAAUGAGAUUUUGACUCGAAACUCACAAACUGAGUACCUUAAGCGCUUUAAACUUGAUGGCGUCAGUGACCGUGAAACCUUUAAAACCAAAAUUCCGGUUGUAACUUACGAAGAUCUUCAGCCCGAGAUCCAACGGAUUGCUAACGGCGACCGUUCUCCUAUCCUAUCAGCUCAUCCCAUCUCUGAAUUCCUCACUAGCUCUGGAACGUCAGCUGGCGAAAGGAAACUUAUGCCAACAAUUAAAGAAGAGUUGGAUCGUCGCCAGCUACUUUACAGUCUUCUUAUGCCUGUUAUGAACCUGUACGUACCUGGGUUAGACAAAGGCAAAGGACUAUACUUUUUAUUUAUCAAGUCCGAGACGAAAACGCCGGGUGGGCUAUUAGCAAGACCAGUACUCACAAGCUAUUACAAAAGUGAACAUUUCAAAAGAAGACCUCAUGAUCCGUACAAUGUUUACACCAGCCCAAAUGAGGCCAUCCUUUGUGCAGACUCCUUUCAGAGUAUGUACACUCAAAUGCUCUGCGGUCUCUACGAGCGCGAGCAAGUUCUUCGCCUUGGUGCGGUCUUUGCCUCGGGCCUCGUCCGAGCCAUUCGGUUCUUGCAACUCCAUUGGCCACAACUCGCUCAUGACAUUCGAACCGGGACUCUGAACCACGAAAUUACCGACCCCUCAAUUUGUGAACGCAUGGGUCUGGUUAUGAGACCAAAUUCAAAGCUAGCCGAUUUUAUUGCCGAUGAAUGUUCUAAGGAAAAUUGGGAAGGAAUUAUCACGAGAAUUUGGCCCAAGACAAAGUACCUUGACGUAAUUGUCACGGGUGCUAUGGCUCAAUAUAUUCCUACUCUGGAUUAUUACAGUGGUGGAUUACCAAAGGCGUGUACUAUGUACGCAGCUUCCGAGUGUUACUUUGGACUCAAUUUAAAUCCAAUGUGUAAACCCUCGGAAGUUUCGUACACUAUUAUGCCAAACAUGGGUUAUUUUGAAUUCUUACCACAUGAUCCUAACUCAUCUCGUGACUCAAUUCGUAAUCUUGUUGACCUUGUUGACGUUAAAGUUGGAAAAGAGUAUGAACUCGUCAUCACGACCUAUGCGGGAUUAUACCGUUACAGAGUCGGUGAUAUACUUCGUGUCACUGGGUUUCAUAACUCAGCGCCACAGUUCCAUUUCGUGAGGAGGAAAAAUGUUCUAUUGAGCAUUGAUUCGGACAAGACGGACGAGGCCGAAUUACAGAGAGCAGUGGAAAAUGCUUCAAAACUUCUUAAGGAAUUCAACACUAGCGUGGUGGAGUACACAAGUUAUGCAGAUACGAAAACAAUUCCCGGUCAUUACGUGAUUUAUUGGGAGUUAUUAAUGAAGGAUUUAAACAAUUCUCCUAGUGAUGAAGUAUUGAACAAGUGUUGUUUGGCCAUGGAAGAGUCACUAAACACAGUGUACAGACAAGGCCGAGUUGCUUGCAAUUCAAUUGGUCCAUUGGAAAUUAGAGUGGUGAAAAAUGGCACAUUUGAAGAAUUAAUGGAUUAUGCAAUUUCAAGGGGUGCUUCAAUUAACCAAUAUAAGGUGCCAAGAUGUGUUAGUUUUGCACCUAUUUUGGAACUUCUUGACUCAAGAGUAAUGUCAAGACACUUUAGCCCAUCGUUGCCUCAAUGGACACCUGAACGGCGUCGUUGAGGAGAGAACUGUUUAUUAAUUACACAUGCAUGACUGACAUGGGAGAGUCAAUGAAGGAUUCCCUAAACCUUUUUUUUUUUUUUUUUGUCUUUUGUUUUUAAUUUUCUUGUCUUACUUUGUGACUAGAACGGUCCUGAUUGUAACUAGACAUGGACGUUUGGCAGAAUUAGGUUUGUACGUUAUGGCUCAAUUAACUUGUGAAAAUGAUGUAAUAUCCCAAGCUUGUUAAAUGAGCUGUUUCUUCCGUCCAA